UCUUCUUCUUCUGCUACCUCCCCCUCCCUCUCCCCUCUUACUUGCUCCUCCCCCACCAUCUUCAUCUCUUGCGCCACCCUGCCACUCCUGCUUCUUGCACCUGCUGCUGCUGCCUCGUGCUUCACGCUAACUCAUGGAGGAGCAUCCAAGGGACGAAGGAAAGGAAGAAGGAGCCAAGGUGGAGGAGGAGGAAGAAGAAGAGGAAGAGGAAGAGACCGAGGAAGAGGAGGGGAAGAUGUUGGAGGCUCCAGCCGGGACCCAUGUGUGCAACAUGCAUGACAAGGAGGACGAGGAGGAGGGCGCCGCUCCUGACGCGAGCAACAAUAUUGGGAAGGAGGUGAAGCUGCUCAAGAAUGGUGGUGUUGUGAAAAAGCUCGUUCGACAUGGCACGGAUCCAUCACCCGAGACCCCUCUCUUUGGGGAUGAGGUUACAGUGCAUUAUACGGGUUCAUUGCCGGACGGCACUGUGUUCGAUUCAACUCGCGACAAGGAACCUUUCACUUUUAAAUUAGGAGUGGGGCAGGUGAUUAGAGGAUGGGAUAAGGGCGUGAAGACGAUGAGAAAGGGCGAACAAGCCAUAUUUACGAUUUCACCCGAUUAUGCGUAUGGAAAAGGGGGUCAACCACCCGCGAUUCCCCCGGACACAAAACUCACAUUCGACAUUGAGUUGCUGUCGUGGUGUAGUGUCAAGGAUGUGACCAGAGAUGGAGGCGUUAUGAAGAAAGUCGUUCGUGAAGGAAAAUCGUGGGAGAGGCCGAAAGAGGCUGACGAAGUCAAAGUGAAGUACGAGGCGAAGUUGGUGGAUGGUACGGUUGUAUCGAAGUCUCCAGAGGAGGGGUUGUAUUUUUUUAUAAAAGAUGGAUUGUUUUGCCCUGCUAUGGCCCAUGCCGUGAAGAGUAUGAAGAAGGGGGAGGGGGCUGUUUUGACCAUCCAACCCGAAUAUGGUUUUGGAAUAAAAGGUAGGGAAGGUAUGGACUCUGAGGGAGCUGUACCUCCAAACGCCACACUUAUUAUGGACCUUGAGAUAAUGGGAUGGAACUCGGUGGAGAAAGUGUCGGACGAUGAUAAGGUAGUGAAGAAAAUAACAAGGCAAGGAGAGAGCUACGAGAAGCCCAAUGAUGGAACGACUGCGACUGUCAAGUGGAUCGGUACUCUAUCAGAUGGGACGGUUUUUGAAAAGAAAGGGUUCGAUUCGGAAGAGCCCUUCACAGUGGUAAUUGAUGAAGGUCAAGUUGUUCCUGGUUUGGAUGAAACUUUCGCUAGCAUGAAGAAGGGGGAGAUUUGCAUUGCUACAGUUCCUUCCGAAUACGGUUACGAGGGAGAAGAGAAACAGUGUGACUUGGCGGUUGUUCCGGCCAACUCCACUCUAACUUACGAAGUUGAGAUGGUCAGCUUUGUGAAGGAGAAAGAUUCUUGGGACUUGGAUGGACCCCAGAAGAUUGUCAUGGCUGCAAAGAAAAAGGACCAGGGCAAUGAACUGUUCAAGCAAGGAAAACUGUUACAUGCUUCUAAAAAGUAUGAAAAGGGAGCGAGAUACGUAGAAUAUGACACGGUUUUUGCCGAAGGAGACGAGAAGAAAAAGGCUUUGAACCUGAAGAAACUUCUGAAGUUGAAUGAUGCAGCUUGCAAACUCAAAAUAGAAAGCUUUCCAGAAGUGGUUGAAUUGACUACCAAGGUUUUGGAAACAGAUUCUAUGAAUGUGAAAGCUCUGUACAGGAGGGCUCAAGCGUAUACGUCAAUGAUGGACCUUGAUUUAGCUGAGCAGGACAUCAAAAAGGCGUUGGAAAUUGAUCCUGAGAACAGGGAUAUGAAGUUGGAGCAGAGGAAGUUGUCCCAAAGACAGGCAGCGCAUCGAAGAAAGGAAGCUAAGCAAUACGGUAACAUGUUCGAUCGACUGAGAAAAAUGGAAGAAAAAGAGUUAAAGCAAAGUGAAGUAGGUUUGCCUGAUCAAAUGCAAGAAAAUGUGUUACAAGAAAAUUCUGCCCAAGAGAAUCCAGUACAACCAUGUUCUGAAGUUUCGGUACAGGGAUAGCACUAAAACGUCUCUCUAUAUCGCGUGGAUUCGAUCAAAUAUGGUAGGCAGAAGAGGACUCAUAUAGGAAACAACAGGUGAAAAUUGCGUAAUCACUGACAGUUUUCACAUACACAAAGGCGAACAGGGUUAGUAAAGAUGCGAACCAGCUCACUUGUCCACUGACGUCAUCACAAGCGCGGAAAGUUUAUUCACAUUCUACCAUCCUCAGCAAUUAUAGUUCUCAAUAAGUUUGCCUCGGCAAUGUUAAUUUGGCUACUGAUUCGAGCAGUCAGAUGUUCAUUUUACUAAAGUGAUCUGUUGUGAUACUGAAGCCAAGUUUUGCAAAAAUCCGACAACAUAGCUUUACAAACAGUGCGAAUAUCUGAUAUGAAUCUAAGACUGCUCGCAAAACUUUCAUCAUGGAAUCUAAUAAAGGUAACUUUACAGCGA